AUGUCCAGAAUGAUACAAGAAUUCCAGGGAGGCACAUCUUCAGCAGAGCAACGAGACCAUCAUGAACAGAAGCCAGGUGUGCAAUCUGCGUUCUCCCAUGACGUCGUCAACUCUGUGUCGUGCUUUGAAGAAGUGGGUAAUCCCUUUCAAGAUGAAAGUGAAAACUUAAUGGCGAUUCACACAAGGGACAUCAUGGGCGAUGAAGUUGUUAAAACUAUCAGGAACGCCAGCAAGAUUUGAGAAGAGCAGUUCAAGUCGUUUGUUGAAGGACGAUUUAUUGAUGGCAGCAAGCCGGUCACCGACACUCUGAAGAAAAACAACCUCCCUACAUUAAACGCUCCGACCAAGAAGGCAGUAUCAAAGGACAAAGCCAAAGUCCAAGUCUUGAGGGAGGAUUGCCCUUUGUUCUCGCGGCUUUACAUAGCGUGCCAAAACCGCGAUGGAAAUUUGGAGGACUUUUUCACAUAUGAGAAUCAGCCAUGGCCGCCAUCCCUCUCAGAACUUGGUCAACUUCGAGGAGGAGUGAAAGCAGACCUGAUAAAGUGCUUGCCGAACACUACACCACAGAGUCCCAAGCAGCCAGAAGCAGACGUCGUCAUUCUGGAUGGUGCGGUGAUUGUACAAAUGUUGCAGCCACGGACGGCUCGCACAUUUAUUGAAUAUGCAACGACGGUAUUCGCGCCUUAUGUCUUGAAGCACCUUGAGACUGUUAGACGAGUGGAUCUUGUGUGGGAUGUCUACCAGGAUGAUUCACUGAAGAAAUCUCUCCGAGAAAAGAGAGGUACUGGGCAACGGCGAAAGGUGCUAGAAUCUACUAGAAUCGCGCGCGACUGGAAAAGCUUCUUAAGAGUAGAUGAAAACAAGGAAGAACUGUUCAAGCUUCUUGCGACAACGGUACGUUAAAAUGAUUUGUUAAAGGUACGUUAAAGCGAUACAUUGAGAUGAUUUGUAAUAUUAUACCUUACAUAUUCAUGAUUUGACUGCAUUUUAGGUUGUUUCACUAGCAGUUCCUGAGGGUAAAGAGAUCUACUCCACUCAUGGUGAAAACGUGCUGUGUUCUUCGAACAGAACAGAUCUAGGUGUUCUCGCGCCAUGCAACCACGAAGAGGCUGAUACCCGCCUUAUCGUUCAUGCUAAUGAUGCAUCUUCGUGUGGCUAUCGAAGGAUAAAGAUACGAAGUAACGACACUGACGUGGUAGUUCUUGCUGUUUCAAUCGUCAACACCCUUGCCAUCGAUGAGAUGUGGAUAACACACGGAUCCGGAAAGAAUGUCCACAACAUCCCAGUACAUGCUGUCGCAGCAUCCGUAGGUCCAGCUAAAUUAAUCCACGGCAAUGCCAUUAUUUCAUGCGCUCACUGGCUGUGA